AUGUCGUUUUAUAAAACUUUAUAUGAAAAUUGGGAUGCUACCAUAUCCAAAUUGGAUUUGAAAUAUCGUCGCACUUGCAUCCUAUUUAAUAAGCAACAACAAUUACAACAAGCAUCUCCAUCUCAACAACAAAACGAUGAAUGUGGCUGUGGUCGUUUGAAAAGGUCGCACAGCUAUGAAGGUGAACCCAUGUUACAACGUAGUGAUAAUUGGAAUUCUGAAUAUUGUUCGAAAGAGGAAAAAGAUAUGAAUAAUUUUGGUAUAUUGUACAAUCCUUAUGCAUCAUGCUUAACUAAGUUUAUUCGUUGUGAUAUCAAAGUAACGGCAGAAAAACUUUACAACUUGAUACACGAGGAUUAUAAAAAAGAGCCAAGCUUAAUAAUAAGCAUUCUUGGUGGCGCAAAAUAUUUUAAAAUGAACAAGAGUUUGAAGAAGGAAUUCAUGCGUGGUAUUAUCGGAGCAGCUACAACUGCUGAUGGGUGGAUAUUGACCACUGGUUUAAACAGUGGUAUUGCCAAAAUGGUUGGUGAAGCAAUAUCGGAAGAUCGGAUAUUAAAUGGCUGUUCAAAAGAUGUAGUCAGUAUUGGUUUCACAAAAUGGGGAAGUCUAACUAAAAAAACUAGAGAUUGGUUAUCGGAAAAAUUUACUUACCAGGGAAAUGCUAUGCAUUAUGAUGCAAGGGAAGAAGACUAUACAUUUCCUCAAGAAAUGUUGGAAACAAAUGAUGCUGAGACUGUAGAAUUACAUCACACAUAUAUGUUAUUGUUUGAUAAUGGUCAAUUAUCUGGUUAUAUAGGCGACCAACAGCGACGUACAUUCGUACGAUCGGCAUCCAACAAUGGAAAAAACAAAUGCUACCCAGUAACAGUUAUUGUAGAAGGAGGUAUAAAUACGUUGGAUGUGAUACUGAAUGAUUUGAAAGAAAAUCGUCCUGUUGUAAUUAUAGACGGCAGCGGUAGAAUAGCGAAUGUAUUAAGUGAUUUGCUAAAGCAAUAUCCUGAGAGGGUUCCAGAACGUAAUGAAAUUGUUGAUCGACUAAAAAAAGAAUUUCAAAAUAACGAGACGAACUCAGACGCUUCCUCUAAAUCUGUUAAUUACAAACUUUGCGUUUACGAAAUAACCCAGAUUAUGAACAUGAAAAGCCGUGAUCUUUUGAAUGUUUAUUCGUUCGACGAAGAUAUUAAUGUUGCUGAAACAAUAUUCAAUGCAAUUUUGAAAGGUUACAACAUGAUGGUUCGUGGAUAUCGAAACAAUCUUGAUGGUCAGCUUGCAAAUCAGGCACAUUUAAAAGAAAAUACAAAAACUUUACUAGAUCUAGCAAUUCAAUGGAAUUCAUUGGAAGGAAUAAAACACGUCUUUGAAGAUAUUAAAGAAAAGCCACAAGAGCUGUUCUCUGAAGAUAUUGGAAAAAGUUUUAUUACUUCAGUCAAAGGUAAUAAACCUCUGUUGGUCAAUUAUUUACUUCAAUCUCAAUAUGAUGUUUUGCACGAAUUACAUCAAGACGACAUCUUAGAACUAUAUCAAAAUGGCUGGAACAAACAACAUGCGAAACGAUAUUUAUUUCCUGGAUUGAACGGAGAAAACCGUGAAAACCCUGACUCACUUGCUGGUGUUGAUCUGCUCUGUGAAGAAUAUAUCGGUUCCUUUAUGCAGCCUUUGUACUCGAAACGAAAGCGUAUUUUGGCUAGUCUGAAACGCACAUAUGAUGGACUAAUUCAAAAAAUUUGUAGAUGCUGUUGGAAACCAGAACCUCGCAUGAAUCACUUUUAUAAGUAUCUACUUCCAGUGAGACGUCGUUUAAAAGACGACAAAAAAUAUUCAGAACAACAUAAGCUACGAGAUCUCUUUCUAUGGUCUGUAUUUAUGGGUCAUGUCGAACUGACUAAAGUACUACUCGUUCAUCUGAAACCAAGAACCUGUGCUUCACUUAUUGCAUCAAAAAUAUUCACAGAAUACUCGAAAUAUGCGAGCAUUAUUGAGAUGAAAGAAAAAAUGAAGAGUAUAGCAGACGAAUUUGAAUUAUAUGCAAUACAGUGCAUCAAUAGUUGUUAUGAGCAUGAUGAAACAAAAGCCUGUGAGCUCAUUUUGCGAGAGAUACCACUCUUUGGUUAUAUAACAUGUGCACAAGUUGCUGUGGCAGCUGAAAGCAAGAAAUUUCUAUUGACGGUUUGUUUUGAUCGAGUUAUGAAUGACGCUUGGUAUGACAAACUUGAUGAAGCCAAUCGUAAUGGUGCCGAAAAGCCAAUGCUUACUCUUGGUUUGUUCAGUUUUGGUGUUCUUGCACCCUUCUAUGUUGUCUUUCGUAAGCAACAGCAUGAAGAAUCGCAAGAACAGUCACCAUCGAAUAAAAAUGAACAGUGA